AUUUUAUCAAUUGAACUGGGUAGAAGCAAGGCAUUUGCAGUCUGCAGUCUGCAGUCUGCAGAGAAGAAAAGGUUAUUGGAAAGACAACAAUUAUUACGUGAAAAUACAGGACGCACCGAUGUAAUUAUCACCACAGAUAUUAAGAAAGAGAAAGAGGAAAAACAGAAGGAGAGUGACUGGAGGCUGGUGUGGGAGGGUCUGGGUCCCUCUCUUGUUGUUCCGAUGCUCAGUUUCAGAUCCUAAGCUACGCGCACAGUACCCAACUCAGACACACACAUACACAGAGACAGAGAUAGAGAGGAUCUGCUCUUUCUUCUCCGAUCAGAAAAAAGACGUGCUCCGUGAUAUGGAGUCGGAUCACGGUAAACUCUUCAUUGGCGGUAUCUCCUGGGACACCAAUGAAGAACGCCUCCGGGAUUACUUCACUAAGUUUGGGGAGGUCAUGGAAGCUGUUAUCAUGAAGGAUCGGAUCACAGGCCGAGCCCGGGGCUUUGGCUUCAUCGUGUACGCUGACCCUGCAGUUGCAGAGAGAGUUGUCAUGGAGAAGCAUAUGAUUGAUGGUAGAUUGGUGGAAGCAAAGAAGGCGAUUCCUAGAGAUGAUCAGAACAUCCUUGGCAAGCAAAACAACAUUGUCCAUGGUUCUCCUGGGCCUGCUCGCACCAAAAAGAUAUUUGUGGGAGGCCUGCCAUCCAGCAUAACAGGUGACGAUUUUAAGAUGUACUUCCUUCAGUUUGGGCCUAUCUCGGAUGUUGUUGUGAUGUAUGACCACAGCACUCAAAGGCCGAGGGGUUUUGGAUUCAUCACAUUUGAAUCAGAAGACUCUGUUGACAAGGCAUUGUUUAAGACUUUCCACGAACUGAAUGGUAAGAUGGUUGAGGUCAAGAGGGCUGUCCCCAGAGAGCUGUCUCCAGUUCCUGCUAUUCGCUCACCAUUUUCUGGAUACAGCUACGGUGGUAUGCAUAGGAUUAAUAGCUUCAUCGAUGCUUUCCCUCAAGGUUUUAAUCCGACUUCUUUAUCUAGCUAUGGGAUGAAGGUGGAUUCUAGAUUCAAUCCACCAGUUGGCGAGCGAAAUGCUUACCCUUCUUAUGGUGCUGGCUAUGGAAUGGGGAUGAAUUUUGCUCCAGGGUUCAAUUCAAGCUUUCUAGGGAAUUCAAAUUACAACAAUAAUGUUGGCUAUGGCGGUGACCCGGGUAUUUACUAUAGUGGUGGCUCGAGUAGAUAUGGCAGCGGUGUUGGAUACGGGGGAGGCGAUCUUGGUACUGGUAUUGGCAUGAUGGCUCGCAACGUGUGGGGCAACGAUGACCUUAACUAUAACACAAUGUCUGCAAGUUCUAACACCUACAUGGCUACAGGAGGUGUGGAUCUUUGCAGCUUUGACAAUGCUAGUCUGACCUGGGGAGGUACUUCUACUACUGCUAGAUCAGUGCACCGUGUGGCUAGUAAUGUGAGCUAUGCUGGCGCUGACCUUCGUUUUGCAACUGCUGACAAUGGCAUUGGUCUAAGUGGCAAUGGUUUUGGAAGGAGCUCUGGAACUGGUAUCGGUGGCAGACACUUAAAUUCUCUGAAUGGUGAAAAUGCAGGUAUCUAUGGGAGCAGUUCAGUUUAUGGGGACCCAACUUGGCGAUCAGGAUCAAAUGACCUUGAUGGUGAUGCGCCAUUUGGCUAUGGGCUUGGUAGCACAGCUCCCGUGGUCACAGCCAAAGGUGCGCUAGGUUAUGCUAGCAGUUAUAAUGUUAAUAAUAGACAGCAAAAUAGAGGUGUUGCUGCCUAGGGAGAUCAUUAUACAAUUUAGUUCUUCUCGUAGAUGAGCAAUUGUUGAAUCAGGUGCAUAGUUUUGAGUUCCAACAAUCUCGUUGAUCAAUGAUAAGGUUAGUUGAUUAUUUAACUCUGACUAGGCAGUUGGUUUUGAAGAUUUACAUUCAGAGAUUUGGAAGAUACAUCUUCAUGUAAGGUCUGGGAUUUGAGUGAAAUUUCUGUAAUAGUGUGGUUUUUGUGUCUUGUUGUUGGCUUGGUAUACAAAAAUCUGGUUGUGCAAUAUGUUUAUUUUCAAAGAGUGUUCAGAUUUGUCUCGGCAAAUGGCCAUGUAGAAGUGUUUUUAAAAGGAAAAAAUCAAUUUGAUAUCCAGCGAGCUUGUUGAUUCUUGUC